UACAAUCCAUAUGGAGAGCUGGGCUAUGUGAAGGGGGAUUUCUGGGCUGUAUGGAGGGGUUUUCCUUGCAUGUUCUCCCAUAGAUGAGUAGCAUGCAUUGGCCUGCACCAGGCUGCUCCAUUAUUCCAGGCACAUUAUUCCUGGGCAGGCUGGCAGCUGGCAGGGCACAAUGAGGGGGGUUCUCAGCAGCAGCAGCACAGACGCAUCAGCUGCCAUUUCCCCUGUGCAGCUCUGCCCUCCAUCUUCCUGCUAAAUCUCCCUGGCUCUGGGCUCUCCCUGUGGAUUCUUCUUCUUCUUCUUCUUCUUUUUAUUUCUUAUCUUCCCCUCCCUCCCUAAAUCGACCUAAUUCUUAUGUGGUUUGCUGCAUCAAGGCAGGGAUGAGAAUCUGCAAGAUGGUGAGGGUGGCAAGUGUGUUGGGUUUGGUGAUGCUGAGCGUUGCCCUCCUCAUCCUGUCCCUCAUCAGCUAUGUGUCCCUGAAGAAGGACAACAUCUUCACCACCCCUAAGUAUGCCAGUGCUGGGGGUCCCAGGAUGUACAUGUUCCAUGCAGGAUUCAGGUCCCAGUUUGCAAUGAAGUUUUUGGACCCAUCUUUUGUACCAAUAACAAAUUCCUUGACACAGGAACUUCAGGAGAAACCGGCCAAGUGGGUGUUUAACCGGACGGCGUUCGCCCGCCAGAGGAGAGAAAUCCUGCAGAAUGUGGACGUCAUAAGAAAUUUUUCUCUGACCAAGAGCAGUGUACGAACUGGUCAGCUAAUGCAUUACGACUACUCCAGUCAUAAAUAUGUAUUCUCUAUCAGCAAUAACUUUCGAUCACUCCUUCCAGAGGUGUCUCCCAUUCUCAACAAACAUUAUAACAUUUGCGCCGUGAUAGGAAACAGCGGCAUCCUCACGGAAAGUCAGUGUGGGGCGGAGAUAGACAACGCCGACUUUGUCUUUCGUUGCAACUUUGCUCCUACGGAAGCUUUUCAAAAGGAUGUGGGGAGGAAAACUAACCUGACUACAUUCAACCCCAGUAUCCUGGAAAAAUAUUACAACAACCUCUUGACCAUCCAAGAUCGGAACAAUUUUUUCUUACAUUUGAAAAAGCUGGAUGGGGCCAUAUUGUGGAUCCCGGCAUUUUUCUUUCAUACUUCGGCAACGGUCACCAGAACAUUGGUUGACUUUUUUGUUGAACAUCGGGAACAGCUUAAAGUCCAGUUGGCUUGGCCUGGGAAUAUCAUGCAACACGUCAACAGAUAUUGGAAAAACAAGCACCUUUCUCCCAAGCGGCUGAGCACCGGCAUACUCAUGUACACACUGGCCUCCUCUGUCUGUGAUGAAAUACACUUGUACGGAUUCUGGCCCUUCGGCUGGGACCCUAAUACAGGGAAGGAUCUUCCGUAUCAUUACUAUGACAAAAAAGGGACCAAAUUCACCACCAAGUGGCAGGAAUCGCACCAGCUUCCUGCGGAGUUCAAACUGCUGUACAAGAUGCACCGAGAAGGACUGACCAAGCUGACGUUGUCACAUUGUGCCUAAGAACAAAGCAGGAAACAUGAAGUGCCAAUUGUUAUCAAAGUGCCCGAAUAGAAGUGACUAGACAUGGAAACAAAUGUACUUCAUGAUGACGUAGAAUGUAGAUUCCUGACAGCGAGGCGUGUCAAACUUUUUGGGGGGCUGAUGUGACCCCCAUCUCUCAUUACUUUGGUUUUAGAUGUCAGAAAUAUUUAAAUUUUUUGCAACAUUUAUUCCUUCUAUAUUUUCCCAUUCUUUUCCACACAAAGCCCUUAGUCCAAAGAACGGGGAUCUUUUAAGGAGGUACUCCGCCCCUAGGCAUCUUAUCCCCUAUCCAAAGGAUCCAUCUGCCUGCUGCAUCCGGCAUUCAUUUAGAGCAUUGGGUGCAGCGCCGGAGGUCAUGCCCUGCUCGUGGUGUCAUGGCCACGCUCCCUCAAUGUAAGUCUUUAGGAGAGGCGUGGCUGCAAUCACGCCCCCUCCCAUAGGCUUGCAUUGAGGGGGUGUGGCCGUCACGAGCGACAAUGACGUCACGAGCCUCCGCCACGAGCCUCCGCCUCAGCGAAGUUCUCUCCGUGCACUGGAUGUCUGGGGUGCCGCUGCCGCUGGGGACCCCCGCGAUCAGACAUCUUAUCCCCUAUCCUUUGGAUAGGGAAUAAGAUGUCUAGGAGCGGAGUACCCCUUUAAACUGAUGAACUACAGCCAUGAAGUCCAGCGUGCCCAGGCAGCCAACCUCUGUCUGUGCAUGCUGGGAGUUGUAGUUUCAUAACAGCUGAUUAAGACCACUGACGUAAAACCAAUUUACAUGUUCCCCCUGAACCUGCUGGAUCAUGAGUAGGUUCCCCAUACACAAUGAGGGGCUCCUCUAUGUCCCUGUUGUAGUUAUUGAGUCAUUUUUGUUGCAUUUUUUUUUUUGCAGUGUUUUUUUAAAUUUGGGGCACAAAUGUAAUGGUUAUUGCAAAACAGUCUAUUUUUUCACUGCUGAGGAAAAUCUGCAAGGAAGGUGGGUCUCGUGACAUGUGCAAAAAAUCUGGACCCCAAUAAGUUCUACGACUUUCUGAAAUAUUGCUUAUGCUUUAAUUUACUAUUCUAAUUUGCAAUCGUCACUAUUUUCAAGAUGAUGGCAUGCUGAGAGUGAAUGAGAACAUGAUCAGCGGCAGCCAACCUGUACAUAACUAGUCCUGCUCUCAGCUAAGAAUUGGAGACAAUUGUAUCCAGUCUAGACAAUGCUCUGUGAGCUAAACAUCCU